AUGGCCGACCUCCAGCAGCAGAUCCUCGACGCCCUCGACGCCCACGGAUCCAUCCCCGACACCCGCGCCAUCGUCCCGCCCGGCAGCGACAAGCCGGCCACAUCGAACGAUGCGCAGAUCGUCAUCCUCGGCGCCCUCAACUCGCUCGUCUCCCGCGAGAUGAUCGCCUACGACACACACGAAGAGUUCUCGCACGUUCUGACCGCCGAGGGCGCCCUCCUGGCCCAGCACGGCUCGCACGAGGCCCGCGUGUGGGCCGCGCUGCCGCUCAAGGGCGAGGGCGCGCCCGUGCCGCCGGCAGAGCUCAAGAAGCUCGUCGGGGACGAGACGGCGAAGAUCGGGCAGGGCCGCGCGUUCAAGAACAAGUGGAUCGCCAAGGACGGUCCGGGGCUCGUCAAGACCGCUACGUCCAUCGAGGACGUGACUCAGAUCCAGCUGCGCGAGGUCGAGGCGACCGGAUCGCUCAGCGCGGGCGAAAACGUGCUCGCCGAUCUGCGGAAACGCAGCCUCGUAGAGAAGAGGAAGGGCCAGUGGUUCACCGUGCACAAAGGGCCCAAUUUCAGCACCUCGACCGCAAAACCCGAGACAGAUCUGACAGUCGACAUGCUAACAUCCGGCGCCUGGAAAACCGCGCCCUUCAAAAAAUACAACUUCGCCGCCGAAGGCCUGCCCACAUCAGGCGGCGCCCUGCACCCGCUCCUCAAAGUCCGCGACGAGUUCCGGUCCAUCUUCCUCGAGAUGGGCUUCGCGGAGAUGCCGACGUCCUCCUUCGUCGAGUCCGGCUUCUGGUGCUUCGACGCGCUCUUCGUCCCGCAGCAGCACCCCGCGCGCGACGUGCAGGACACGUUCUACCUCGCCGACCCCGCGCAGAGUCUAGCGCCGCCGAAGGAGUAUUAUGAGCGCGUAUCGAAGGUGCAUGAGCGGGGGGAUUAUGGGUCGACGGGGUACCGCGCGCCGUGGUCGGACGCGGAGACGCGCAGGCUGCUUUUGCGCACGCACACGACCGCGUCCUCGGCGCACAUGCUGUACAAGCUCGCCGCGAAAUGCCGCGGCGAGGACAUAAACGACAGCGAGGACUUCGACUACGGCGGCACGAGCGGCCGCGUCGAGCGUAAAGCCGGUGAAGCGAACGACGGGUUCCGGCCGGCGAAGCUGUUCAGCAUCGACCGCGUGUUCCGGAACGAGACGAUGGACGCCACCCAUCUCGCCGAGUUCCACCAGGUCGAGGGCGUCGUCGCGGACCGGCACCUCACGCUCGCGGACCUGAUCGGGUUCAUGCGCGUGUUCUUCCAGAAGAUGGGGAUUACGAAUAUUAGGUUCAAGCCUGCGUACAACCCGUACACCGAGCCGUCGCUCGAGAUCUUCGCGUUCCACCCGCAGCUGCACAAGUGGGUCGAGAUCGGGAACAGCGGGAUGUUCAGGCCGGAGAUGCUCAAGCCGAUGGGCUUCCCGGACGACGUGCAUGUGCACGGGUGGGGGAUAUCGCUCGAGCGGCCUACGAUGAUCAAGUACGGAAUCAACAACAUCCGCACGCUCGUCGGGCACAAGACGCCCAUCGAAAACGUCGAGAAGGCGCCCGCCGUGCGCUUCUAA